UCGAUUCUCCCUUGAAGUCGCUCACUUGAGGUGAGCAGCGAUUUAAAGCGCCAGCAGCGACAUCUCGGGGAGCUUGUCAAGUUUCAAGAUGGCGGCGGAGCGUCCGUGCGUUUCUCUCGAUUGAGCUUCAAGAUUUUUCCUGCGAUAUUAUACGAUUGAUAUCAAUGGCAAGUGUCUUACUAAGAAACGUGGCGCGUGUAAGAUUAGGCGGACGCUUGAAGGACACCCGGAUAGCGAGAACGAGCGACGAGAGCUACAUCAGGUAUAUCAUGACGAGCCGGGCGAGACUCGAAAAGGUCCUGGAGGAGCUGCAGAAGAAUCCCUAUUACGAUAAAUAUGCCGGGAAAAUCGCCAAGCUGCAGCAGACCAGUCCUGACGAAUUUCUGCAACGCGUCGAGCGACAGGAAAAAGCUCGUGAUAAGAAAGUCAUACGUAUAACGAAAAAUUAUGAGCUUUCAAAAUUGGCAAUAUUUUCAUUCCUGUUCAAAAACGUACGAUCAUCAUGGAGUCAAACAAUAAAGAGGCAAUAUGUAACAGAUACAUCUCAAAAUAAAUAUAUUACCACACCCAUUUUUUAUGUGAAUGCUGGUCCUCAUAUUGGCCACUUGUACAGUGCUGUUCUGGCUGAUGCAGUUGCUCGAUACAAUACCAUGUUGGGACACAAAACAUUUUUCACUACAGGCACUGAUGAGCAUGGCAAUAAAAUUAAAGUUGCGGCGGUCGCGGCGGGUCUGCCGAACCUCGAAUAUUGUACAAAUAUCUCGCAGCAAUUCAAGGAAAUGUGUGAUAGGUUUGAAGUGGAUUAUUCGCGUUUUAUUAGAACCACAGAAAAGCAACAUUACGAUGCAGUGCAUCAUUUUUGGAAACGACUGGAGGAAAGAGGACAUAUCUAUCUGGGAAAGUAUUCGGGAUGGUAUUGUGUAUCGGACGAAGCGUUUCUAUCUGAUACGGAGUUGGUGGAGCAGAGAGAUCCUACUGGUAAAAUAAUCAAAGUCUCCGCGCAAUCAGGAAAUACGGUGGAAUGGACGGAAGAAGAGAAUUACAAGUUUCGACUUAGCGCAUUUCAAGAUGAUCUCAAGCAUUGGCUCAAAGAUGAAAACACAAUUAAACCAGCAUUGUACCAUAAAAUGUUGUCCGAGUGGAUAGAAGAAGGUUCAUGUUUGCAAGAUUUAAGCAUCACCAGAAUCAGGAGUAAAGUGCCAUGGGCCAUGCCUUCUCCAUGCGAUGAGUCUCACUCAAUAUACGUGUGGAUGGACGCUUUGAUAAAUUAUUUAACAGCGUUAGGAUAUCCAGAUGAAUCAUUCAAAGAAUUUUGGCCACCUACUAUUCAAGUAAUAGGAAAAGACAUUUUGAAGUUCCAUGGUGUUUAUUGGCCAGCAUUCUUGAUAGCAGCGGGUCUCGAGCCUCCAAAAACGUUGCUGUGUCAUGCUCAUUGGACCGUCGAUCAUCAAAAAAUGUCGAAAUCAAAAGGAAACGUAAUCUCCCCGUUUGAGGCUGCAAAUGAUUAUUCAGAAGAUGGAUUACGAUAUUUUAUUCUCAGAGAAGCAGUGCCGCAGAAUGACGCAAAUUACAGUUCAAAAAAGAUUGUCAAUGUAUUGAAUUCCGAAUUGGCGGAUACAUUGGGCAAUUUGGUCAAUCGUUGUGCGGGUAAAACGAUUAAUCCGUCCAAAGAAUUUCCCGAUCCGGCAAAAUACUGGAAUGUGCUGCAAUCUCAGGUGGCCGACGAAACUAGAAAAGCGUUAGAAUCCGUAGGCAGGAAAGCGCGCGAGAGUUACGAAGAAUACAAUUUGCAUCAUGUCGUAGAUGCGGUUAUGAAUAUGCUUCAUUGUGCGAAUAGGAUGAUAGAUUAUCACGAGCCUUGGCAGUUGAGAAAGCAGAUUGACGAUGCGAAUUCAAUUAGGGAACUUAAAGCCGUGAUAUCGCUCGCUCUGGAAAGUAGCAGAAUAGCUGCUUUAAUAUUAUAUCCAAUCACACCAAGAUUAAGCAGCAAUUUGCUCGAUUUUCUGAACAUUCCGAGAGAAAAUCGCACAUGGACGGAUACCGUGCCUGAAUUUUUCAAUAACAGUAGCAUGAAAGAAAGAUAUAUUGAACGUAACAAUGUAAUAUUAUUUAAGAAAAUAAGGAGUCAAUAAAUAUUAUUUGUUCAGAAUCUCGAUCGCUGAGGAAAUGUGUCUCUGCCGUUUCCUAUAUUCUUUACAAAAAUCUCAGAGUGAUCCAAUAAAAUUAAGUAGCGAAAGUAGUUAAAUAUUU